AUCAGAGGGUGGAAAAUAAAAGCCGUGGUCCCCAGGAGUCCUGAACAUCUGGGGACAGCGGGAAAACAUGAGUGACUCCAAAGAACCAAGGGUGCAGCAGCUGGGCCUCCUGGAAGAAGAUCCAACAACCAGUGGCAUCAGACUUUUUCCAAGAGACUUUCAAUUCCAGCAGAUACAUGGCCACAAGAGCUCUACAGGGUGUCUUGGCCAUGGCGCCCUGGUGCUGCAACUCCUCUCCUUCACACUCUUGGCUGGGGUCCUGGUGGCCAUCCUUGUCCAAGUGUCCAAGGUCCCCAGCUCCCUAAGUCAGGAACAAUCCGAGCAAGAUGCAAUCUACCAGAACCUGACCCAGCUUAAAGCUGCAGUGGGUGAGCUCUCAGAGAAAUCCAAGCUGCAGGAGAUCUACCAGGAGCUGACCCAGCUGAAGGCUGCAGUGGGUGAGUUGCCAGAGAAAUCCAAGCUGCAGGAGAUCUACCAGGAGCUGACCCAGCUGAAGGCUGCAGUGGGUGAGUUGCCAGAGAAAUCCAAGCUGCAGGAGAUCUACCAGGAGCUGACCCAGCUGAAGGCUGCAGUGGGUGAGUUGCCAGAGAAAUCCAAGCUGCAGGAGAUCUACCAGGAGCUGACCCGGCUGAAGGCUGCAGUGGGUGAGCUUCCAGAGAAAUCUAAGCAGCAGGAGAUCUACCAGGAACUGACCCGGCUGAAGGCUGCAGUGGGUGAGCUUCCAGAGAAAUCUAAGCAGCAGGAGAUCUACCAGGAGCUGACUCGGCUGAAGGCUGCAGUGGGUGAGUUGCCAGAGAAAUCCAAGCUGCAGGAGAUCUACCAGGAGCUGACCCAGCUGAAGGCUGCACUUGGUAAAUUGCCAGACCAGUCCAAGCAGCAGCAAAUCUGUCAAGAACUGACCGAUUUGAAGACUGCAUUUGAACGCCUGUGCCGCCACUGUCCCAAGGACUGGACAUUCUUCCAAGGAAACUGUUACUUCAUGUCUAACUCCCAGCGGAACUGGCACAACUCCGUCACCGCCUGCCAGGAAGUGAGGGCCCAGCUCGUCGUAAUCAAAAGUGCUGAGGAGCAGAACUUCCUACAGCUGCAGACUUCCAGGAGUAACCGCUUCUCCUGGAUGGGACUUUCAGACCUAAAUCAGGAAGGCACGUGGCAAUGGGUGGACGGCUCACCUCUGUCACCCAGCUUCCAGCGGUACUGGAACAGUGGAGAACCCAACAAUAGCGGGAAUGAAGACUGUGCGGAAUUUAGUGGCAGUGGCUGGAACGACAAUCGAUGUGACGUUGACAAUUACUGGAUCUGCAAAAAGCCCGCAGUCUGCUUCAGAGAUGAAUAGUUGUUUCCCUGCUGGCCUUGGCCUCCAUUGUAGUGUAGCAGAACUUCACCCACUUGUAAGCCAGCGUUCCUUCUCUCCAUCCUUGGACCUUCACAAAUGCCCUGAGACGGUUCUCUGUUCGAUUUUUCAUCCCCUAUGAACCUGGGUCUUAUUCUGUCCUUCUGAUGCCUCCAAGUUUCCCUGGUGUAGAGCUUGUGUUCCUGGCCCAUCCUUGGAGCUUUAUAAGUGACCUGCGUGGGAUGCAUUUAGGGGGCGGGCUUGGUAUGUUGUAUGAAUCCACUCUCUGUUCCUUUUGGAGAUUAGACUAUUUGGAUUGCCACGUGUAGCUGCCCUGUCCCCUGGGGCUUUAUCUCACCCGUGCAAACUACCAUCUGCUCAACUUCCAGCUACACCUCGUGCACCCUUUUGACUGGGGACUUGCUGGUUGAAGGAGCUCAUCUCGCAGGCUGGAAGCACCAGGGAAUUAAUUCCCCCAGUCAACCAAUGGCAUCCAGAGAGGGCAUGGAGGCUCCAUACAACCUCUUCCACCCCCACAUCUUUCUUUGUCCUAUACGUGUCUUCCAUUUGGCUGUUUCUGAGUUGUAGCCUUUAUAAUAAAGUGGUAAAUGUUGUAACUGCAG